AUGGCAGCUAUGGUUUGCAGUGUUCUAGGCAGGAGAAAGUUGACAAGCUUGGAAAUGGCUUCUGUCUGUUUCAUGAAUCCUGGCACUCACUCAGUGCCGUGGAGCAGAGGUUGUUCACAGAGCCUCUUAAGAAAUCUAUCUUGUCUUUUGUCCCAGUUUAUUUCUCCAUUUACUGGAUGCAUUUAUGGAAGACACAUAACAGGUUUUUGUGGGAAGAAACAGAAAGAAAUCACAAAAGCGAUUAAAAGAGCUCAAAUAAUGGGGUUUAUGCCAGUUACAUAUAAGGAUCCUGCAUAUCUCAAAGACCCUAAAGUUUGCAGCAUCAAGUAUUGGGAAUAA